GGUGGAGCUCGCGCUUUUGGUGGGGUGUACAUGUGGGUGCCACGGUUGCGUCAGAGUGCAUGAGCGGUGGCUCGUGUGAGCAGGGGUAGAGAGUACGCUUUCUCAUGUCCAAACCGGUUCCUGUCCCUCUGUCGCUUUUCUCAUAACAUUUUGCUCCGUCGCCUGCAUUCCUGUAUUUCCAAAGUACCUUCAGCUUACUCCAUUUCACGCUAUCAAAUCGCGCCUUUCAUCCCAACUUGAUCAUCACCACACACAAUGGCGGACACUGUCGAGGAAACCAAGCAGUCCGUUGCCGGAGAGGGACAGGCUGAUGCCAACGCAUCCCUGGGAGCAAAGGGCAGCGCAGAAUCAUCGAGUAAGAAAACCGAGAAGAAGACGCCGAAGAAGCUGGGCGGAAAGAAGCCUCAACAGCAGCCCACUCCUGAUGCUACUCCUGCCCCCGAAAGCGAUGGCGAAGGAGAAGCUGAGCAAGCGGACGCAGGGCGAAAGCAAACCAAUGGCAAUGCCGACGACUCUGAUGCGGAACCCCAACCCGCAAAGUCGCAAUCGAGGCGCCGCCAAUCACGUGGCCGAGGCCGACGAGGCCAGGAAUCCGACUCGGAAUCCGUUGCACGAUCUGACGUUUCUGCCUCCGGAGGCCGUCGCAACCGCCAGCGCCAGAAGAAGGGCGGCAAGGGAGGCCCGCUCGACGGCAUUACUGAGGACCUCCCUGGAGGAGACCUUGUUGGUGGUGCUGGCGACAUGGUCCAGAACACCGCUGGCAAUGCUGUCAACCAGGUCGGAAACACUGCAGGCAAGGCUCUUGGAGGCUUGACCGGCGGAGGCGGUGACGAGGAGGAAGAGAAGGGAGGCGGUGAGCAGCUUCGACUACGAUUGGAGCUCAAUCUCGACAUUGAGAUUCAGCUCAAGGCCAAGAUCCACGGUGAUCUUACGCUCGGAUUAUUGAACUGAGCUUUGCGCGACGAUUUAUGUAUGACACUUCUCUUUACUGUACAGGACAAGAAAACGACGCUUUAAAGCCGAAUUUCUUGGAUGGCGUUUGACUUGGGGAAUAUCUUCGUAGUGUAAUGAUAUCUACCUGCAUAACGCAGAUAAAAUCUACGAUCUAUUAAUUUGCC